GAUCCAUCUUUAAAACAGAUAUUGAGUAUACAAAUUUUUACAUUCAUAGAAGCAAAAUUUGAAGGAAGAUUCUAAAAGUGAGAUCCACUGACUUGGUAGGCCGGUAGGAUUAGUCAACAAAAACUGAACCAUAUGACCUAAAAGGCUACCUGGGUACACGUACUCAAAUCAGACUUCCUAUCAUUGUGGCGCCAAGCGCCAAGGAAAAGCUAGCAGUGAGGUGAAGUUGUCGCAUCAAAUUAGGUAAACUCGUAUCGGUCUCCCACACGGCUCGCUUCAGCUGGCCGACCACUACCUUUUCCCAUCUUCUCACCUCUCCCAGCAGCUUCCUCCCCCUCUCCCUCUCUUGCUUAGGCUAAAACUUGAAGCCACCAUCUAGAUAUGGUCAUGGCUAGAGCAAACCAAACCUAACUAUAACCACCGGAUCAUUGUUUUAUGUCGUGAGAAGAAUAUAAAACCUAGCCUUUCUUCGAUUCAAGGAUCAUUAAGCAGUAGCUAGCUUCCUCUUCUCAGACUCGUCGAAAGCGAAAAGAAUGGGGGCGCAGGUGCAGCUACGAUUGCUUCUCUUGGUAGCUACGGCGAUGGUUGCCAGCUGCGCCACCGGCGGUCUCACCGCGACGUCGUCCCAGCUGGGCCGCCUGGAGGGCCUGCGCGUGGCCCUGACGCACGUCGACGCGCACGGCAACUACACGAAGCUGCAGCUGCUGCGGCGGGCGGCGAGGCGGAGCCGCCACCGCAUGUCCAGGCUCGUCGCGCGGACCACCGGCGUGCCGGUGAUGUCGAGCAAGGCGGUCGCGCCGGCCCUGCAGGUGCCUGUGCACGCCGGGAACGGCGAGUUCCUGAUGGACAUGUCCAUCGGCACGCCCGCGGUGGCGUACGCGGCCAUCAUCGACACCGGCAGCGACCUCGUGUGGACGCAGUGCAAGCCGUGCGUGGAGUGCUUCAACCAGAGCACGCCGGUGUUCGACCCCUCGUCGUCCUCCACCUACGCCGCGCUGCCGUGCUCCAGCACCUUGUGCAGCGACCUGCCCAGCUCAAAGUGCACGUCGGCCAAGUGCGGCUACACGUACACCUACGGUGACUCCUCGUCGACGCAGGGCGUCCUGGCCGCCGAGACCUUCACGCUGGCCAAGACGAAGCUCCCGGACGUCGCCUUCGGCUGCGGCGACACGAACGAGGGCGACGGGUUCACGCAGGGCGCGGGGCUCGUGGGGCUGGGCCGGGGCCCCCUCUCGCUGGUCUCGCAGCUCGGCCUCAACAAGUUCUCCUACUGCCUCACCUCCCUCGACGACACCAGCAAGAGCCCGCUCCUCCUGGGCUCCCUCGCCACCAUCUCGGAGAGCGCGGCGGCCGCGUCAUCGGUGCAGACCACCCCUCUCAUCAGGAACCCGAGCCAGCCGUCCUUCUACUACGUGAACCUCAAGGGCCUGACCGUCGGCUCGACGCACAUCACCCUGCCGAGCUCGGCGUUCGCCGUGCAGGACGACGGCACGGGCGGGGUCAUCGUGGACUCCGGCACGUCCAUCACGUACCUGGAGCUGCAGGGGUACCGCGCGCUGAAGAAGGCGUUCGCGGCGCAGAUGAAGCUGCCGGCGGCGGACGGGUCGGGGAUCGGGCUGGACACGUGCUUCGAGGCGCCGGCGAGCGGGGUGGACCAGGUGGAGGUGCCGAAGCUGGUGUUCCACUUGGACGGAGCGGACCUUGACCUGCCGGCGGAGAACUACAUGGUGCUGGACUCCGGGUCCGGCGCGCUGUGCCUGACGGUGAUGGGGUCGCGGGGCCUGUCCAUCAUCGGCAACUUCCAGCAGCAGAACAUCCAGUUCGUGUACGACGUGGGCGAGAACACCCUCUCCUUCGCGCCCGUGCAGUGCGCCAAAUUGUGAGUACGUACGUGGGUGCCGGUGUUGUACCGCCAAUACGUUGUGGAUGGAUUAGUCGUAGGUGUGUCGAUCCGUGCAUGCAUGCAUGCCGUGUUCAUAUGCCAUGGAGUGCGUGGCCGGGUCGAUCAGCUGCGUGCUUGCUACGUUUAAUUAGCUCGUCUCGGUCGCUACUCGACAUGCAUGGAUGGGUCAUGGAAUUAUCGGAUAGGCCAUGGAUGGAUGAUAUGAUGGAUCCGUGUAUAUGACCAACGGCGAUUUAUGAUCAGUUGUAUAUCUAUAACACCCAGUUUUUUUUUAUUAUUAUCUGGAAUUAUCUAAAA